AUGGCUGAUUCUUUCACAACAUCUCAAAUCAAAGAACAUUUGUUGAGUUUUCCUCGACAUAAGGAGAUAUCAGGACACACAACACCUUCAAUUAGUGAUACCACAUGCCAGUUGUGUUUUAUGGAUAAGCUGUUGCUCUCCCCUGCACCCAUAUAUUGCUCAUCUUGUGAGACACGGAUUAAGCGAAAUGUUGGAUAUUAUUGGUCGGCAGAUGAAGAGGGCACACACCAUUGCAUUUGUAUGCGAUGCUUUGGGGGAUCUCGUGGGGCUAAUAUUUCAAUACGUGAGGGUUCUAUUUCCAAAACAGACCUGCAGAAGGCAAAGAAUGACGAGGAAUACGAGGACUCGUGGGUGCAGUGUGAUAGAUGUCAACAUUGGCAACAUAGGAUUUGCGGUCUCUACAAUAACGAAAGACAUACAGAAGGGGAGGAAGAAUAUAUUUGUCCUAAAUGUUGCUUAGAAGAAAUAGAGGACGGAAGGCGUGUCGCAUUACCACCGACUGCUGUUUUGGGAGCUAAAGAUCUGCCGAGGACCAAUCUCAGUGAUCAUAUAGAGCAAAGACUUGCUAGGCGUAUGAAGCAAGAGAGAGUAGAUAUGGCAGAAUUUUCUGGAAUAGAAUUGGGGAAGGUACCUGUAGCAGAAGAUCUUGUUGUCAGAGUAGUGGUAUCUGUUGACAAACAGUUGGAAGUGAGACAGCAAUAUAGAGAUAUACUUGAUGAAGAAGAUUAUCCGGCACAAUUUGCAUACAGAUCAAAAUUAAUUUUUUUGUUCCAGAAACUAGAAGGGGUGGAUGUGUGCCUCUUUGGAGUGUGUGUCCAGGAGUUUGGAUCAGACUGUCGCGGCCCUAAUCAUCGUUGUGUAUAUAUUUCAUACCUUGAUUCAGUCAAGUACUUCAAACCAGAAAGAAAUACCGCAAGUGGUGAAUCUCUUCGUACCUUCGUUUACCACGAAAUAUUGAUUGGAUACCUUGAAUAUUGCAAGAAACGCGGUUUUGCGACCUGUUAUAUAUGGGCAUGUCCUCUUAUAAAAGGGGAAGACUACAUCUUUUACUGCCAUCCAGAGAAGCAGAGAACACCAAAGCAGGAUAAGCUACGGCAAUGGUACAAAUCAAUGUUACGAAAGGCAGCGGAAGAUGACGUUGUGGUGGACAACACUAAUUUAUACAAUCAAUUCUUCGUUCCCACCAGGCAGGGAAAUACGAAGAUAACUGCAGCCCGUUUGCCAUAUUUUGAUGGCGAUUAUUGGUCAACGGCUGCUGAAAGUAUAAUCAAGAAACUCGAAGAAGAAGAAAGUUCUGGAGGAUUGCGUAGUAGGUUACCUACUAAGAGAACCUUGAUAGCCAUGGGACUGGAGAACCCUGAUGUUGUGACGAAGGAUGUCUUAGUGAUGCAAAGACUUGGCGAAACCAUUCUGCAUUCGAAGGAAAACUUUAUGAUUGUUCGGUUACAGUACAUGUGUACAUAUUGCCAUGAAGUAAUAUUAUCUGGAAGCAGAUGGUUCUGCAAUCAAUGCAACAAGAUUCAACUAUGUUCAAGAUGUUUUAAUGGUGGUAAACUUCUUUCCGGGAGGAGAAUGCAUACAUGCCAUUCUGGUAAAGUUAGUCGACUUUCAGAGGAUGUGUUGAGCAAUGUACCUAUUGAUACCAAGGAUGGUGAUGAUGCGCUUGUAAAUAAUUUCUUCGAGACUCGAGAUGAUUUCUUGAACAAGUGCCAGAAAUCUGAGUAUCAGUUUGAUACACUUGGCCAUGCCAAGUAUUCCUCUAUGAUGAUCCUAUAUCAUUUCAUGAACGAGCUUAAGUUAACUCAGCCUUCGACAAAAGCUAUCUCCAAAACCAGAAGUGAUAAACAUAAGCAAAGAGUGAUGAUGAUAAAGGCCAGUCUAGAUGCUUUAAUGCAUGCCUCUAAAUGUAAGAGCAUCCAGUGUUCCUACCCGGAUUGUCGGACCAUCAGAAAGCUUCUCCACCAUGCUUCUAUAUGCAGUGUCAGGGGACAUAAGAAAGCACCGAGCAACACUUUCAUUGAGCUCUGA